AGUAGUUAAGAUUUCUCCAUCAAAUAUGCCCUUAAAUCCGUAUACAACAAACACUCCCAUAUUAUGCUCAAUUAAACCAAAAACUCCCCAAAUUACCGUCCCUUUAUAUUCAACUUCCAAAAUCCCCAAAUCCCGUCUCUCCCGAAAUCAGCCACCAAAGAAAUUCUUGUUGCCAAAUCGUUCAUUCAAUCUUCAACGGAUCUACCGCAGAUGAUAUUUCACACCAUAUCAUUCUCUCUACAAGUUGAUUCUCCAGUUCUUGUUGAUUCGGUUCAUGUGUAUAAAACCCUAGCCCCGACUGUGAUACAUCAACCAGCUUUCUAUAACAUCACUUCUCAAUUUUUAUGAAUUUUCCACCGUAGCGGCCGAAAAUAAUAAUCCUUCUUUGGGCUUCGUAUGGGUGAUGCAAAAUGUAGAGGGGACUCCAGUCGCGGCUCCACCAAAACGCCGAUCGUCAAUGGGUUCCAUCAAGACCUAGAAAUUAGGAGUGUCGUCCAAUUCCAAUGAGAUUGUCGUACCAAAAAAUGAAGUCGUUAACACCCCUCCUUGUCGCAUUACCCAUUUGACCAAUAUAGUCUCACAAUCAAAAGAUUAUUAUGGCCGUCCAUUAGGUGCAAGAGUCAUAGACACCAGUUCUAAAUUUAUGGGGAUGAAAAACAAAUUGUAGGAUAAGGGCAAUAGGCCAAUCGAGGAUGAAGAACCAGAAUUAACAUCCAAAAAUCGAAGGUUGGUGCUUUCACAACACAGACCACAUGUACCUAUUUUUUGGGUGAUUAAACUCUGAUUUGUUUCGAUUUUUUCUUUUUUCUACUACACAAGACGUAAUGCAUUAAGUUUUAUUGAGGUACGCCAAAUUUUAUAAGUUAUACAGUUUGUGAAGUUGUUCCCCGUUUCUCGCUGUAACUAAAAAGGUUGUUGAUUGCAAAAGCUCAGUCAGGUUGAUACAUAAUGCAUAAGCGGAAAUACGUAGAUCCUUACGCUUAAGCUCCAAGUAAAACUACAAUGAACUGUCGUCAUUUAUCUGGAUGGGGGACAUGUCAACAUCUGCAGUGUACUCAAUCUUCGUACACAAACGCCUCAUAUCAAGUUUAUGCAAGUUCGCUAUCAUUUCGACAAGCAAGGCGUAAGUGCAACCAAAAUGAACAAGGAGACCAAAGGUUCGAUGUAGGCUUUCUAAGUUGAUGUGACAAAUAACAAUCGUCUUCUCCAGUUUGUCUUCGUCCCUGUAGCAAGAAUGGAAGACACCUUUUCCCAAGUCUUGACUUUAACUUCCUUUAUAACCCGUCGGUUCAUUCAUUUCAUUGAAGAUCUUUUCUUAAGAGAUCUGAGCAGAUGCUUAGAAGAUUGGGGCAUGAUAUCUUGUGGUCAAAAUCCUGCAAGUUACAGCGAUCAUAGUUCUGUGGUUACAAGUUGUUCGUCAUCAACACAUUGUAACUCCAGUGCAAGGUUUGGCAUUCAUAAAAGAAGAGCCUCAAAUCUGGAUUUUUUGUUAGUAAAUUCAAGAUUAGAAAUUGUUCAUAGAAGACACAAUUAUGGUGGUGUCCACUUCAUUUUAAAAGGGUUGAUGCUUUCUAUAUCUUGUUUGAGAUUUGCUUGUCGGUUAGCAUUGGCAUCUUGUAGAUGUUAUUUUGGCUAUCUAAGACGUGCACAAUCUGAAGUUCAGAGCUUUUUAUCUCGAGUGUGUAAAACUUUGCAUGGCUCUUCUGAUGAAAUUGGGUGGUUGCAAUGUGCUCCUGGAAUGGCUCCUGUGGAGGAUGGUUCGGCUAGAUUUGUGGAACUGCUAAAUAGCAUUAGGAAUGGACAGCACAAACUGCCUAAUUUUUUUGUUUAUCUGCUAAUUCCAGGGCUUUUUAGCAAUCAUAGUCCCUUAUAUUUUGUUAGCACCAAGAAGUUUUUCUCGAAGAUGGGUUUAGCUUGUUAUAUUGCUAAAAUCCACAGUGAGGCAUCUGUUGAACAGAAUGCAUGGGAACUAAAGCAGUACAUAGAGGAGCUAUACUGGGGGUCGGGAAAACGUGUAAUGCUGCUUGGUCACAGUAAAGGUGGUGUUGAUGCAGCAGCUGCUUUGUCAAUUUAUUCACACGAAUUAAAGGAUAAAGUUGGAGGAUUGGCAUUGGUGCAGAGUCCUUAUGGUGGUACACCUAUGGCAUCUGAUAUUCUCCGCGAAGGCCAAGUGGCUGACAAGGAAACCCGUAAAAUCAUGGAGUUUCUCAUUUGCAAACUGAUUAAGGGUGAUAUAAGAUCCCUCGAGGAUUUGACAUAUGAGAAACGGAAGGAGUUCAUCCGAAACCAUAAACUUCCUGACAACAUUCCUCUCAUCUCUUUCCAUUCUGAAGCAAAUACUGCGCCUGGUGUUAUCACCACAAUGUCCCACAUUGCACAUGCAGAACUUCCCUGGCUUCCUUAUGCAGAAAAUGCUGUCCUAGCAGGGUGCAAAUUUCCUGUUAUAGUUCCCAUUUCUGCUGCCAUGGCGCUCUGCGCAUUCCAUCUGCAACUAAGAUACGGGGAGAAGAGCGAUGGUCUUGUGACGUGCCGUGAUGCGGAAGUUCCAGGUUCUGUCGUGGUCAAACCUGACUGGAAACUUGAUCAUUCAUGGAUGGUGUACUCCCCUUGGAAGAGGGACCAUAGUGAACCAGAUGCCUCUGAAAUGUGUGAAGCACUGCUGACCAUGCUUGUGGAACUAGGAAUCCAUAGUCACAAGUCGAAGCAAUCUGCAAACAGUGUAUGAAGUAAGUUAUACUAAAACUUUGAAUGUUUCAUGUAUAGACUGCCUCGCAACCUUUUGGAAGACGAAAAUGAAAUUUUAAUAAAUUUAUUGUUUUACGCUACAAAUUU